AUGUCGACCCCGAGCUCAUCAAACGACAUCGAACUCGCCCAAGGAGCCGUGCUGGUGAAAUCGUGUGAGGUUCCCGCUAACGCUUUACCGAUCCGAGGCUACGAUUUCAACAAUGGUGUCGACUUUGACGCGUUGAUGAAGAGCUAUUUGACGACCGGCUUUCAAGCGAGUCAUCUGGGACAAGCUAUUGAGCAAAUCAACGCCAUGUUGAAGCUUCGCGAUGAGCCGUUCGAUUUGGGGGAUGCGGAGCCGAAUUUCCCGUAUCCGAGUGAAAGAAAGAAGAAAGGAUGCACGAUUUUUCUUGGUUACACUAGCAAUCUUGUCAGCUCUGGAUUGAGGGAGAUACUCCGUUUUGUCGUUCAACACGAUUUGAUCGAUUGUAUUGUGACGAGUGCCGGUGGAAUCGAGGAGGAUUUGAUCAAAUGCUUGAAGGACUCGUAUCUUGGCGCUUUCAAGAUGGAUGGCAAAGAAUUAAGAUCCAAGGGAAUGAAUCGAGCCGGCAACGUGCUGAUACCGAACGAUAACUAUUGCGCAUUUGAGGACUGGCUCAAUCCGAUUCUCGACAAAUGCCUGGACGAGCAAGAGAAAAAUGAUGUCAACUGGACACCAAGCAAAUUGAUUCACAGAUUGGGAGCCGAGAUCAACAACGAGGAUUCGAUUCUUUACUGGGCCGCCAAGCAUUCGAUUCCCGUUUUUUGUCCGGCUUUGACAGAUGGUUCUCUCGGCGACAUGCUCUACUUUCAUUCGGUGAGAAGCGCCCCCGGUUUACGCUUGGACAUUGUUGAGGAUGUUCGUCACAUCAACACGUUGUCCGUGAAAAGCAUCAAAACGGGAGUCAUGAUUCUCGGUGGUGGAGUUGUUAAGCACCACAUCAAUAACGCGAAUUUAAUGAGAAAUGGAAGCGAUUUCACCGUUUACAUCAACACUGGACAGGAAUUCGAUGGAUCCGAUUCGGGCGCUAGUCCAGACGAGGCAGUCAGUUGGGGAAAGAUCAAACCGCUUGCUUCCGCCAUAAAAGUCUUCGCCGAGGCGACCAUCGUCUUCCCGCUGAUCGUCGCGCAAACGUUUGCCAGAGUCGUCGACGAGCGAAAGAAAACGGGAAAA